AUGAUCCCAAACAUGUCAGACAACUAUGACACGUUUUCCCAUAUGGGAAGUGACCUCCACACGUUCAACCGUUAUGGUUCUCCGAUCCAUGAUGAAAAAGAAAUUCCAGACUUCAUCACACAACUUUUAGACGAACAGCCCGACCCAGACCCACAGCCCAGGGUCUCGUUCACAGCUCCACAAACCCCAAAUCCCCAACUUUUUCAAGGAGAGUUGGAGCCGAGAACCGAGCCUAUUACCCCUUUCAAACAACUUUCAUGCAAUUUUAUCCCAAAGCAACGGAUCUGUAAAUUUUAUCAAACUGGAAAUUGUCGCUAUGGGGAAAACUGCAAGUUUCUCCACGUCAAGAGUACAGAACCCUUUGAAAAGUUUUCGAAGAGUAGUUACCAGCCCUUUUCGAGUUUUCAAACCUUUUCACCACAAAGUUUCCAGAACCCCGAGAAUUUCCCGAAGAUGUGUCGCGACCAAGUCGGGUGUCGUUUUUUACAACAACAACUUGAGGAAGGUAACACAGGUACGUUGGAGUAUAUUUAUCAGCAAAUAGUGCCGUUGCUUGACAGUUUGAUGAUUGACCCGUUUGGCAAUUAUUUGUGUCAAAAGCUCAUUGAGGUUGUCAAACCCGACCAACGAGUCGAGAUCAUCGAGGAAAUUGGUGACAAAAUCCACACAAUUUCAAGGAAUAUAUAUGGCACUCGUUCCGUCCAAAAACUCAUCAACUCAGCUUCAAGUAAAAAUGAAGUCAAUCUCAUUAGAAAAUACUUGGAACCUUACGUCAUCAAUCUCAUUUUUGAUAUCAACGGAAAUCACGUCAUUCAAGAAUGUCUCAAAGUAUUUGACAAACCCGAAAAUUCGUUUAUUUUUGAUGCGAUUUUGGAAAACGGAAAUUUAGUCCGCGUUUCCAGUCACAAACACGGGUGUUGUGUUGUGCAAAGAUGUAUAGACAAUGGGAAUGAAGAGCAACUUUCGAGUUUAGUAAAUGAUAUAGUAAAAUAUAGUUUAGCACUCGUUAAAGAUGCGUUUGGGAAUUAUGUUGUUCAAUACGUUUUGGGGAUCGAAGGCGUUUCGGUUCGCGUCACAAAUUGCAUCAUUGAAAAUCUCAUAGAACUUUCCAUGCAGAAAUUUUCGUCGAAUGUUAUUGAAAAACUUGUUGCCACUGGAAAUUGUAAAGUCAAGGAAAUCAUUUUCGAACAAUUUUUGAAAUUCAAAGAUGUUGCCAUUUUACUCCAAGACUCAUUUGCUAAUUAUGUUAUACAAACAUGCCUUGACAAAUCUUGGGGAGAAUAUAAGUUACGACUUUCUAACUGGAUUAUUCCACAUGUGGGCAUUAUCAAAAAUACCCCAUAUUAUAAAAAGAUCCAGGGGAAGCUUGUGGGCGUUGGGAAUACCCGCGUUCUUUCCAACUCUGUAAAUUAA